AUGUCUGAUGCCGAGUCUUCGGGCCCUCGACGAGCACCAGUUCCUGCUGCACAGGGUACCCCAGUCGCACUGGCUGCGACGGGCCCUUCGCCGCCAGUGGCGUCUGAUCUUGUUCAGAACAGCGCCGUGGCUAUCGGUGAUGCUCUCGGGACGGACAAGGACCAGGGGGUAACCUCAACGCUCCCUACCCGGCAGGACAGCACGACAUCUGGCUUUGACUCGGCGGAUCCGAUGAACUUUGGACGUCAUCGGCGAGAGAACAUCAGCACUAAGCAGAUGAAAGUUGAGCAUCCUGAGGGAAACAAGAGAAAGCUGAAGAAGUACUACAGUCGGCAGAAUAAGCUGAUUGACCAGUUCUUGGGAGCCGAGGAUGAAGAGCGCAACACGGUGGAAGAAGAUGCGCGGUAUAAGCCAAAGAUCAAGUUUGCGGUGAACGCAUCGUUCGCCGUCAACUUUUGUCUCUUUGUCAUCCAGAUGUACGCGGCUAUAUCGACGGGAUCGCUUUCUCUGUUUGCAACUGCGGCGGAUGCGUUUAUGGAUCUGGUAUCGUCCUUUGUGAUGCUUAUCACAUCCAGACUUGCGGCGCGACCGAGCAUCUACAAGUACCCAGUAAUCGAAUCUGCGCGUAACUUGGGCUCAGGAGGAGAGCAUGUAUCAGAGGGUCUCCAUAUCAUUCCUCUCGUCUUUGUUGGUGUUGCCAUCUUCGCCAAGGGCAGCUUGAUGGUCUACUGCCUCUUCUACCGGAGAUUCCCAACAGUUCACGUCUUUUUCGUCGACCACCGAAACGACAUUGCGGUGAACAUCUUUGGGUUGGUGAUGUCGAUUGCGGGUGACAAGUUUGUGUGGUACCUCGACCCCAUCGGUGCCAUCCUCAUUGCCCUCCUGAUUCUCUUUUCCUGGGCUUCGAAUGCCUUUGAGCAUGUCUGGCUUCUGGUUGGAAAGUCAGCGCCCAAGGAGUUCCUUGCGAAGCUCAUCUAUAUGACCAUGACACACGACGAUAGGAUCGUCAAGGUAGACACGUGCCGGGCAUACCAUGCUGGACAGCAUUACUAUGUCGAGCUAGACAUAGUAAUGGACAAAGACACUCCCUUGAGAAUCUCCCAUGAUGUUGGACAGACGCUGCAGCGGAAACUUGAAGGGUUGGCGCUGGUCGAGAGAGCAUUUGUCCAUGUCGACUAUGAGCACGCCCACAAUGUCCACGAAGAACACAAGCCGCUGUACGAGAAGCCGGCGCCCAAGAGGAGUCUCAAGGACAUGCUCUUGUUCAGGAAACCCGCCAUGGAGCAAGGAGAGCCAAAUGCGUCAAUCGGGCAAUGA